AUGUGGCGUGAGCCCACCGAGGCCGACAACGUCAAACAUGCUCGGGAUAAGGAUGCCUCGGCCGCUGCGCGGUCCGCGAUCCGGCGUCAACCCAGCCAGCGUCGCCCUUCACGCCACAGCUCCGCCCGCGCGCGCAGCAAUGUCUUGUCAUCUUUCCAUUCUCAGAUCAUCGAUGAGAUCUCACGCGGUAUUGCUGAGCCCCAGCUCGGUGUGCGCUCCCCUGUAUUGAACCUAGGUGUCAGCGAAGAUGGCUUGGACCUGGAUUCGAGUCGCCGCGAAGCUUUGAAUCGCGGUAGCACGCGUCUUGGGGACCGCCGACCAGAUCCGUUGAGCCGCAUCCUAAGCCCUACCGAUCCCAACCACCAAUUUCCCAUUCGCGAUCCUGAUACUCCUCCUCCGGGUGGGUGGAACAAUUCAUCAUUGACGCCGAACUUCGCUCCUGCAGCUGGCUACCACACAAUGGGAUCUAAUCCCCAACAGUCGUCAUGGCGGGUGGGCGAUCAUAUCCCUCCUCCCCCUCAUCCCCCAGUUUUCCCGCCUAGACGUCGCAAUCAUGACCCUCCAUCUUACAUACCUUCUGUUUUGCUCCGAGACUAUCGUACUGGCAGCAGUCGGGAUCGGCCUCAACGUGAACCUGACAUUGAUGGUCUUGGUGACCGCCAGCGCAGCCUGAGCCCGAGUGCUGAGCGCGAGAGUGACGACGCGUGGGAGACAUUACUCUCGACUAUCACUCCGGAUGCAACUCUUCCCUCCGCCGACACUUCCUUCUCAUCUACAUCCGCCGCCACAACCAACCCUCUGCGCAACCCAUCGUCUCGCUCCUUUGGUGCCACUUCGCAGACACAACCAUCCUCUCGCGCUAUCCACCUCGCCCUUGAUCCCUAUCCGGAUCACCUGAACCCUUGUGACUACUCCUCCUCCGAUGAGGAUACCCCCGUCAACUACCGCCGGAUGAUAGGGCCGGGGCCCCGGCUCUCACUUCGCCGCUCGCCAGGUCUUCCCUCGACUAUGAGCAACCACCCUCAAAUUCCCACGAUCUCCUUUUCUUUCUCAGACUCGGGCGACUCGGAUCUUCAGCAGAUGCAGGCCAUUCUGGACCGACUUGCCCGCCGUGAAGAUAUUCCCGAUGAUUGGUGGGCUGGCGCUGGCCUGUCGCGCACAAUGGGCCGUGGUUUGAGUGCCAGUGCCGAAGGCAAUGAAAAUAACCGCACCGAGUGA